AUGCCAUCAAGUUCCAAUUCAAAAUAUGAAAACACAACAUCAACACCCCUGGAAAUCUCGCAGCAUUUUUUAAACCGAUUUGCUAAACUUUCUACUGAGAUGUGCUCCUCUUCAUAUCCAACAAUUAGUUCAGUAUAUCCUAUGUAUAAUUAUCUUAUAGAUC